UCACUAAUGAAAGUAAAGUCAGUCAGAGCAACGGCAGAGCGGCAGUCCAGAAUAAUCUCUGUGUUUGUGUCUGAACUCAACUGUUCUUCCUCAACCAGCGACUCAGAUUGUGAUGAAGGUAGAACGUCUCUGGAGUUGAUGUGAAUGUGAGCAGCUGCCACUGCAGCCGCUGACUGGAUAUAAUGAACCUGGACUAAGAGAAACAUGUCAGAUGUUGAAGAGCUUCUCAGUUUUUUAUAUUGAGUGUUGAGUUGAAGCAGCUGUCCCAAAGCUGGACAAGUUUCCUUCAAUCAGACCUGUUUGUCAUGUGACUGAGAGGAAGGAGGAGAACUAAUGUGUGACUCUCCUAGCAGGUUGUUGUGUUUGUCUGCUAUGCAUCAGUGUGAGGACAGAGAGGAGGGAGUCCUUCCCUCUAAAAGAUCUCUGUGUGGGGAACAUGAGAACCAGAGCAAAGCUCAGAGCCCAGAGCAACAGAACACACACUCUGCUGGACCUGGACCCGGAUCUGGUCCUGGUCCUGGAUCCAGCUCUGUGUCCAUGAAGAGUGACUGGUCAAUGGAUCCUCCUCCUGUAUUCAGACGAUCUGCAGAUGGAAGGAUCCAGCAGCAGAGACCAGACUGUCCUGAACCCAGCUUUCUGUCCUUCAAGAGUGACCACUCAAAGAACGAUUUCACUGAAUUUAAAGACAUCUGUCCAUCUGCUGAUCAGAUAGUGGACCAGCAGAACUCAGAGGUUCCCAGAGUUCAGUCUGACCAGCAGCAUCACAUGGACUCCAUAUUCAUGCUGCUGGAGGACAACAUGGUGACUUUUGUGAAGAAGGAGCUGAAAAAGAUGCAGAAGGUUGUGAGUCCAGAUUACCCAGAAUGCUCAGAGAGUCAGAGGGAGGAUGAGUAUGAGUUGGAGGGGGAUGAUGAAGAUCAGAGGAACAGCAGAGAGAUGUUUCAGCAGAUCACAGUGUUCUUCCUGAGGAAGAUGAAGCAGGAGAAGCUGGCUGACUGUCUGCAGAGCAAACUUGCUGCUCCAGUUUGUAGACGUGAACUUAAAUGUGACCUGAAGAAGAAGUUCCAGAGAGUGUUUGAAGGCAUCGCUAAAGCUGGACAGCCGACCCUCCUGAAUGAGAUCUACACAGAGCUGUACAUCACAGAGGGAGGGACUGCAGAGGUCAAUGAUGAACAUGAGGUGAGACAGAUUGAAGCAGUAUCCAGGAAAGCAGACAGAGCAGAAACAAGCAUCAGACCAGAAGACAUUUUUAAAGGCUCACCUGGAAGAGAUGGACCAAUCAGAACAGUGAUGACAAAGGGAGUGGCUGGCAUCGGGAAAACAGUGUUAACACAGAAGUUGACUCUGGACUGGGCUGAAGAUAAAACCAACCAGGACAUCCAGUUCAUGUUUCCAUUCACUUUCAGAGAGCUGAAUGUGCUGAAAGAGAGAAAAAUGAGCUUGAUGGAACUUGUUCAUCACUUCUUCAGUGAAACCAAAGCAGCAGGAAUCUGCAGGUUUGAAGACUUCCAGGUUGUGUUGAUCUUUGACGGUCUGGAUGAAUGUCGCCUUCCUCUGGACUUCCACAACAAUGAGGUCCUGACUGAUGUCACAGAGUCCACCUCAGUGGAUGUGCUGCUGACAAACCUGAUCAGGGGGAAGCUGCUUCCCUCUGCUCGCCUCUGGAUAACCACACGACCUGCAGCAGCCAAUCAGAUCCCUCCUGACUGUGUGGACAUGGUGACGGAGGUCAGAGGGUUCACCGACCCACAGAAGGAGGAGUACUUCAGGAAGAGAUCCAGAGAUGAGGAACAGGCCAGCAGCAUCAUCUCCCACAUGAAGAAGUCACGAAGCCUCCACAUCAUGUGCCACAUCCCAGUGUUCUGCUGGAUCACUGCUACAGUUCUGGAGAAGCUGCUGAGAACCAGAGAGCGAGGAGAUCUGCCCAGAACCCUGACUGAGAUGUACAUCCACCACCUGGUGGUUCAGGUCAAAGUCAAGAAGGUCAAGUAUGAUGGAGGAGCUGAGACAGAUAAACACUGGAGUGCAGACAGCAGGAGGAUGAUUGAGUCUCUGGGAAAAUUGGCUUUUGAGCAGCUGCAGAAAGGAAACCUGAUCUUCUAUGAGUCCGACCUGACAGAGUGUGGCAUCGAUAUGGAAGCAGCCUCAAAGUACUCAGGAGUGUUCACACAGAUCUUUAGAGAGGAAAGAGGGCUGUACCAAGACAAGGUGUUCUGCUUCGUCCAUCUGAGCGUUCAGGAGUUUCUGGCUGCAGUCUACAUGUUCCACUGUUACACCAACAGGAACCAGACGGUUCUGGAGGACUUCCUGGGAAAAGACUGGAAAGUCAAGAAGAGAGACACUCUGAAUGUGUUCAUGUUCAGAGUCAUGGAGAAAUCCCUCAGAAGUGAAAAUGGUCACCUGGACCUGUUUGUUCGCUUCCUUCAUGGCCUCUGUCUGGAGUCCAACCAGAGACUCUUAAGAGGCCUGCUGGGUCGGACAGAAAUCCAUCCAAAAAUGAUCCAGAGAGUCAUCAACAACCUGAAGGAGAUGAGGAGUGAUGAAAUGUCUUCAGACAGAAGCAUCAACAUCUUCCACUGUCUGAUGGAGAUGAAGGAUCUCUCAGUACAUCAGGAGAUCCAAGAGUUCCUGCAGUCAGAGAACAGAUCAAAGAAGGAACUCUCUGAGAUCCACUGCUCAGCUCUGGCCUACAUGCUGCAGAUGUCAGAGGAGGUUCUGGAUGAGUUGGACCUGAACAAGUACACAGCAUCAUGGGAGGGAAAACAGAGACUGAUUCCAGCUGUGAGGAACUGCAGAAAGGCUCGACUUACUAACUGUAACCUGUCAGAGAGUCACUGUGAAGUCGUGGCUUCAGCUCUGAAAUCCAACCCCUCCCAUCUGACAGAUCUGGACCUGAACUGGAACAUCCUGCAGGAUUCAGGAGUGAAGCAUCUUUCUGCUGGACUGCAGAGUCCAAAUUGUAAACUGGAGACUCUCAGAUUGGAGUGGUGCAGGUUGUCAGAGAUCAGCUGUGAGUCUCUGGUCUCAGCUCUGAAGUCCAACCCCUCCCAUCUGGAACAUCUGGACCUGAGCAGUAACAACAACCUGAAAGAUUCAUCAGUGAAACAUCUGAGUGGUUUUCUGGAGAGUCCAGACUGCAUCCUGAAGACUCUGAGAUUGAGGGGCUGCAGUUUGUCAGAGAUCAGCUGUGAUUGUCUGGUCUCAGCUCUGAAGUCCAACCCCUCCCAUCUAGAACAUCUGGACCUGGGCUUCAACAAACUGCUGGAUUCAGGAGUGAAACAUCUGUGUGGUUUUCUGGAGAGUCCAGACUGCAUCCUGAAGACUCUGAGACUGGAGGAAUGCGGUAUGUCAGAGAUCAGCUGUGAUUCUUUGGUCUCAGCUCUGAAGUCCAACCCCUCCCAUCUGGAACAUCUGGACCUCAGAUGGAACAACCUGCAGGAUUCAUCAGUGAAACAUCUGUUAGAUCUUGUGGAGAGUCCAGACUGCAGCCUGAAGACUCUGAGAUGGGAGUCAGACUGAUCAUGACGAUGAUUGUGCUGAGAGGAUGAAGUGUGUCCUGAUGAUCCAGAGGUUGAAGCAGCAGCAGCAGCAGCUGGUGUGUCGAGACUCUGGCUGGACCAUGUUACUGGGAGGUGGACUGGGAACCAGUGUAAAGUGUGUUGUUAUCACUGUAUAGUUUAGUGUUGCAGCUCCACACUGUGAAUGAUGGAGAACUGCAGUUAAUGUUGACAUAAUACAUUGGAAGUUGAUGUCAGGUUGCAGAGUGUGCAGUAAGUUUCAGGAUAUUUAUGUCAGUGCAGGAUUAUAUUUCAGUUGUCUUUCUAUUUCCAGCUGCAGUCAAAGUUGUUGAGCUUCUCUACCUGCAACACAUUGAGCUGAUGACAACAAAGUGUCCUGAAAACAUUUCAGCUGAA